AAUUACAAAGCCACAAAAACGGAUAAUUAAGUGACACUUUUAGAUAUUUUAAUUUUCAUAUCACUUAAACUAUAAUAAACUUUUUCUAUUUUACAAUGCGUGUUGUAAUUGUCUCUAGAAUGAAAAWCAUUUGAAUGCGAUCAACUUGGUAUCUUCAGAGUUUAAGWACUUUUGUCUGACCUUCCAACUUCYAAACUGUCUAUUGAAAAUACAGCCUAUUACUUAAUAAAUGGCAMGUGGCAAAAGAUAGUUUAUUCGGUAUAUAGUUCUUUCUCCGGCGGAWGUGUGAUAGUUACAAUUAGCCAUCUUCAAACAAACCUUCAAGUUGCCGUUGUGUUUCUCUUAGCUCCAACAGAUCUAAGGUUUGGUCUCCAGGGCUGCGAGGUUUCGCUUCCUUUUUCUUUUUUCUUUUUCUUUUUUCUUUUUUCACUGAGAGUUCUCGCAUCACGUUGAGUGACUGACACUUCAUAAUGUUGUCAGUCUCUGCACUAUCCAAUCAAAUUGAGUUAGCGAUUUUAUUUCGGGGAAUCCCCUACUGAGACUUAAUUUCAGCUGAAGCAGCUUUUCCGAGAAUUCAUAACGUGCGCAGCACCCGAAGAGAAAGCAGACACACUUUGCAAUAAUGGAUAAAGCCGGCCAAAAACAGAUAAAACCAAGUUUUUCAAUGAAAGAAAUGAAGAAUGGACUUGCUGACCUUGGACAGCAUUUUCGGAACGGAAGAUCUUGCAAGAUCUUUUGGGUUGUUUUGGUGGGAAUUAUUUUGGUAUUAACUGUGGUCCUACCACUUACUUUAUUGACACGGAAGACAUCUACUAAAAAUGAAAAGUCAGGAUUUGAAGAUGAAGCACUCUCCCAGUGUAAAACAGACGCUAUUGACACCUGUGGCGUUAACGCUGAAUGCCGACAUAACUCUACAGUUGGUUCCAACACCUGUGUAUGUAAGAAGGGGUUCACUGGAGACGGCCGGUCGUGUGAGGACGUCAAUGAGUGCGAAACAGGAACCCACAAUUGCAACAGCAAUGCACAUUGCAACAAUACAUUUGGCUCACAUAAAUGCACAUGCAAGAAGGGGUUCAAUGGAGAUGGCAGGUUGUGUGAGGACGUCAAUGAGUGUGAAACAGGAGCCCACAAUUGCAGCAGCAAUGCACAUUGCAACAAUACAUUUGGAAAUAGGUGCGGAAAGAAUUCAAAGUGUGUAAAUACAAAAGGGUCUUUUAAGUGUGACUGUCUCCAAGGAUACACUUCCAGUACCAUCAAGUUGUCACCAUGGUUACUCAUCGUAGCCUUUGUGUKGUUAUGCUUCAUUACUUGAUGUUUUUAAAACAUAACUUUUCUCAUCGAAAAAGAAUAUGUGUGAUUAUUUAUUAUUUUUCAYAUACCGUUAACAAUUUUGAAAGGUAUAGCAUGCAUGAUACGCUUUCCUCAAAGGGGAAUUCAAUUGAAGACAGUAGUUUAUUUAAACUUUGAGGUGUAAAGAAAUUGAGCUAAUUUAAUUUAGGUUGUAAAGUAUCCAGCAUUCUGAUUUAGCUUCUGAACUAUUAAAUUGUAUUUAUGUGAUAUCAUAGUUGCUCAAAGUGAUGUGAAAAUAGMCGAGUUUUGAAAAAUGUUGUGGAAAAGUCAGCUGUAUUUUUUUCUUUUUUUUUUUUGUAAAUAAUUUCAAAAUAAUUGUAAAUAUUAUUAUAUAGAAAUAGUGUCACUUAAUGAUAACGUAUUAGAUGAUAGAUGUAAGUUAUAAUUUAAGGCUCGUGCAUCCAAGAUCCUUUGCGAGAUUUUCUCAGAUUGAAUUUGAACCAAUUCAAAAGCAUUUUGUAAAACAAAAGAAACAAUCGCAAAGAAUUUUGGRUGCAUGUGGACCUUUAAUUGAUAAUAUAUAGUCCUUCUUUCAAUUGGUAACUUAUUGUUACUGUAAUUCUUGCUCACUUUGGAAUGUUUUUUGGUAACUAUGUUAUUGUUCUCACUGCCUCUGUUGAAUGUGGUGCAGAUGUUAUAAGGUAGAGUUUAUUUAGAUUAUUCUGAAAUUUGUUUGCUAAUGUGGCAAAGUAUAAGUUUUAUUAUCAUAUAGCUUGGAUGUAACACACGAUUUCAUUGGCUAAAAAGCGGGCCAUACUUUCCCGAAUGGAAAAGUAUUGCUUGCUCAAACCGUACGGGAAGUUAUGGAACCUCGUUUUUUUCCACUUUUCAUGGCUCUCGCGCUACGCGCUCUGCAAUCAUAAGUCAGUGGAAAAAAAACUCGGUCCAUAUAUUAACUUCCCGUACGGCCCUCAUGCUCGGUUAAUAAGAUAUUAGUAUCCUUGUUUACAAUGUAGCUAACUUGGACACAYUGCAGUGUCAGCUUAAAUAGUAUAAGAGAAAAUUAACAGCAGCCAAGUGACAACUGACAUUUACUGCACAAAAAAAAACAAAAAGGAAAAUAAUUACAAAAGCAACAAGAAAGGACAAUUAACUAAGUGACACUUUUAGAUAUUUUAAUUGUCAUAUUACUUACAUGUAAACUAAUAAUAAACUUUUUCUAUUUUGCAA